AAGAAGAAGCCCAUCACAAUAAUCACGAUAGGUAUGGCCGGCGCUGGAAAAUCCACCUUCGUCCAACGCAUCAACUCGUAUCUGCACUCCCAAAACCCUCCAACGCCGCCAUACAUCCUCAACCUCGACCCAGCUGUCACACACGUUGCUUACGAAGCGAACAUCGAUAUUAGGGAUACAGUUAACUACCAGGAAGUUAUGAAGCAAUACAAUCUAGGCCCGAACGGCGGAAUUUUGACUUGUCUUAAUCUGUUUACUACAAAGUUUGACCAGGUCCUGGAUUUGGUGGAGAAGCGGGCCGAUAGUGUCGACUAUGUCAUCUUGGAUACCCCAGGUCAAAUCGAGAUUUUUACGUGGUCGGCGUCUGGUGCUAUCAUCACAGACGCUGUGGCGUCAUCUCUCCCGACGGUGGUGGCGUACAUCAUUGAUACACCACGAACGACUGCCCCUGCGACAUUCAUGUCCAACAUGUUGUAUGCUUGCAGCAUUCUGUACAAGACGAAACUUCCGUUUAUUCUUGUUUUCAAUAAGACGGAUGUUCAGCCGCAUGGUUUUGCCCUCGAUUGGAUGGCUGACUUUGAGGAGUUCCAGGCUGCAUUGGCAAGCCAUAGUGGCACUAGGGAUGCUGAGGGUGAACCGACGUACAUGAACAGUCUCAUGAAUAGUAUGAGCCUUGUUCUUGACGAGUUCUACAAAAAUUUGAAGACCGUUGGUGUGUCGAGUAUGACCGGGGAUGGUAUCAAAGAAUUUUUCGAAGCGGUCGAUGCCUCGAGGGAGGAGUAUGAAAAGGAAUACCUUCCUGAGCUGGAAAAGGCGCGGCAGAGGCGUGAUAAAUCCCUGCAAGAGGUCAAGGAGGACUCUAUGAACCGCCUUCUCUCCGAUCUCGCCAUUGAUCGAGAAAAGAACCCUACCGCUGCUGCUUUGGACCGCUGGGACCCAGACGA